GACUAUCUCAAAUGAUCAACUUGAUCACAAUUUCUUUCCUACAAAAGUUACAAUUUAUUAUACGAAAAAAUGAAAGUCGCUAUUGAAGGCUGCUGUCAUAAUAAACUAGAAGAGAUAUACAAAGCUUUGGAACAUAUCGAAAGUGUCGAAAAUAUAAAAAUCGACUUAUUGUUGAUUUGUGGUGAUUUUCAGGCUAUACGCAACACGGAAGAUUUUAAAUCAUUAUCAGUGCCGGCCAAAUAUCGAACAUUAGGUUCGUUUUAUAAAUAUUAUACUGGAGAACUCAAAGCACCUUAUCCGACUUUAUUUAUUGGUGGAAAUCAUGAAGUCAUAAGUUAUUUAUGGGAAUUAUAUCAUGGUGGAUGGGUGUGCGAAAAUAUUUACUUCCUUGGAUACGCCGGCGUGGUAAAUUUUGGUGGCUUAAGAAUAGGGGGAAUGUCCGGAAUAUAUAAUCAUCGGAAUUAUAACUUUGGUCAUUUUGAAACUCUUCCAUAUACUGAAUCAACAGUUAGGAGUGCUUAUCAUACGAGAAAAUACGAUGUUUAUAAACUAGCUCAGAUUAGGCAACCCUUAGACAUAUUUUUAUCACAUGAUUGGCCUACAGGAAUCACAAAUUUUGGAAAUGUGAAUAAGCUUCUCAAAACUAAACCAUUUUUUGGUCCCGAUAUUGCAACAGGUAAACUUGGAAGUAUAGCUUGUGAUGAAUUAUUAUUUAAAUUAAAGCCAAAAUACUGGUUUUCGGCACAUCUUCAUGUGAAAUUUUCUGCUGUUGUAUAUCAUGAUGAAAGAACAACAUCUUAUUCUGAAAGUAAGGAAAUGAGUUCAACAUUAGUUGAGAAUCCAGAUGAGAUUAACAUUGAUUUUGAUGAGGAACUCAAUAAUCUAGAUGAAAUUAACAUUGAUCUUAAAGAUGGUGUAAAUCAGGAGGAGAAGAAUAAAGAAUCUAAUAAUGAAAAGACUUUACAAGAUUAUAUAAUAGAAGAUGAAAAGAAAGAACAGAUUCCCUGUACAAAAUUUCUAGCACUUGAUAAAUGUUUACCCGACCGCGAUUUUUUACAGAUUAUUGAUUUUCCUGAGGCAAAUGGAAAGUUUGAAUUUAGCUAUGAUGAGGAAUGGCUAGCAAUUACAAAAGCAACACAAGAAUAUCUCACAUUAUCUUCAAACGCAAAACCAUUACCUCCGGACAAUGAAAUUCAAAAAAAAAUUGAAGAAGAAUUACGAUGGGUUCAAGAAAAUAUUUCGCAAAUAGAAGCAGGACUUGUAAUUCCAAAUAAUUUUCAACCUACUGCUCCUGCAUAUGGACAACAGCAAACAUUUAUUCUCCAACAACCUUUCAAAAAUCCACAAACAGAAGAUUUUACUAAAUUACUAAAAAUACAAAAUAAGAUUAAUCCGGAAGGGCAAAGUCCGAUUAGACAAGAUUAAUUGAUUAAUUUUGGGCAGUUUCUUUAAAUCCGACGAUGUGGGUUAAAAAAAAAAAAAAAUUAAAAUUAAAAUUUAGCAAAAGAGCAAGUAGUAUUGAGUAUUUAAAAAAGAAAUUGUAAUAAAUAAUACAUUAUUACAAUGUUGUUCAAUUUCUUUAUACUUAUAAUUUUGA